UAUUGGUUGCGUUAAGAUCGUUUGGUGAUUUUUUUUUACUAACAGUAUUUUUUCUUAAUCCGUUGACAAUAUUUAUUAACUACUCAGAAAACGAGAAUAGUUUGAUUUUUCGAUUUUUUGAAUAAAUUUGUUUUUUUAUAUUUCUUCUUGAUUUAAAAGAAUUCCCUAUAUUGGGUGCGGUUAAAUUUUGAUUCAAAAUCAAAUUUUUGUGGAUUACUAAAUUUUAAAUUUUGCAACAAAUUAAAAAUCAUUAAAAAUGAGUUCCGCUGAAUAUUAUCCAUUCAAAUGUACACCAACUGUUUACCCAGCUGAUCCAUUCGAUCCACAAGAAGAUGCAGCAACUCUUCGUAAAGCUAUGAAAGGUUUUGGUACCGAUGAAAAAGCUAUUAUUGAAGUUUUAGCACGUCGUGGUAUUGUACAACGUCUUGAAAUUGCUGAAGCAUUUAAAACAUCAUUUGGUAAAGAUUUAAUAUCUGAUUUAAAAUCAGAAUUAGGUGGAAAAUUUGAAGAUGUUAUAUUGGCUUUGAUGACACCAUUACCACAAUUUUAUGCAAAAGAAUUACAUGAUGCUGUUGCUGGUAUUGGUACAGAUGAAGAAGCAAUAAUUGAAAUUUUAUGUACAUUAUCUAAUUAUGGUAUCAAAACAAUUGCACAAUUCUAUGAACAAAUGUAUAAUAAAAGUUUAGAAAAAGAUUUAAAAGGUGACACAAGUGGUCAUUUUAAAAGAUUAUGUGUAUCAUUAGUGCAAGGUAAUCGUGAUGAAAAUCAAGGUGUUGAUGAAGCAGCUGCUGUUGCUGAUGCCCAAGCAUUAUUUGAUGCUGGAGAAGGACAAUGGGGUACAGAAGAAUCAGUAUUCAAUUCAAUUUUAAUAACACGUUCCUAUCAACAAUUACGUCAAAUUUUCUUGGAAUAUGAAAAUAUUGCUGGACACGAUAUUGAAAAAGCAAUUAAAAGAGAAUUUAGUGGUGCAGUUGAACAAGGCUUCUUAGCUAUUGUUAAAUGCUGUAAAUCAAAAGUUGAUUACUUCGCUGAACGUUUACACGAUUCAAUGGCUGGAUUGGGUACUAAAGAUAAAACUUUAAUUCGUAUCGUUGUUAGCAGAUCGGAAAUCGAUUUGGGUGAUAUUAAGGAAGCAUUCCAAAAUAAAUACGGAAAGAGUUUGGAAUCAUGGAUUAAGGGUGAUACCUCCGGAGAUUACAAACGCGCUCUAUUGGCUAUUGUUGGAUAUUAAAAACAAUAAAAGUACAAAAAGAAAUCAAACUUAAAAUCUGAAAACGAAUGAAACAAUAUUUUUUGCCAGGAUUAUACUAAACACGUCCAUCUCACAUAGUAAUACAAAUAGGAAUUCGUGUUUUAGAAACAACUGACUGAAUAAUAAGACCAUUAUAUAUUAUUGUUCCAUAAAUUUCUCAUAUACAUCCAUAAUAGUUGCCUUAAGAGAACAGAAAUCUAGGUUUAAAAAUAUAUUUUUUUUUAAAUUAUGAAUCUCCAAAAAUAAUGUAUAAAAUUAACUUAUUAUUACAAUGAGACUUAUAUUUUUUUUUAGUAUCUCAAAGUUUAUUAUAAAUUCAUUAAUGUUAAUGUCAUCUAAUUAAUCUGUUAAACUUAAAAAAUCAAAUUAAAAAAUUAUAUUAUGUAGAUUUGUUAUAAAUUUUACAGAAAAAAAUGCAGUGGCCUAAGUGUUCUUAAUAUUUUAAAAUAUGUGUAUUUGGUAAAACGAUAAAUUUGUAAUUAUUAUUUUAUAUUCUUGUAAUAUUGCAAUAAAAUGUUCAAAAUAUAUUUUGCAUUAAGUACACACUUAAUUAUAAAGAAUUGUGAAAAAAUUAAAAAUAAAAUUUACUACAGUAUUUGCAGUAUGAUAUAUUGAAUAUUACCCAGUUGUGUUUUUUAAAAUAUUGCAACAAAUUACAAAUUAAAUAGUUAUUAAUAAUGUCAAUAGUCUCAAAUAAAUUUUAGAAAUUUUUGCAAAACAAAUAGAGUAAAAUUUUUUAAUGAAAUUUACGUUUUAAAAAUUGAAAUUUUUCUAGCUCAAAUAAAUUUACUGUAGAAGCAAGUAAAAUUGCUUAAAUAUUAAAAAUUUUAGAUUUUUUCUACAUAAAAAAUUAUUAAAACUUAUUUAAAUUUACAUUAUACAUAUACAAUACUUACAUAUAUGUAUAUUAGGAAGCCAUAAAUAUUUUACAUAUAUACAUACA